AUGUUUACACUGUAUUUUUAUAAAUUACCACCUCGCAUCGAACUAAUUACAAAAUUGUUAAAACAACAUUGGUCCAAUUAUCUCGCUGAUAAACACAAGCAAUCCUAUGAUCAAGCAUUGAGCUCAAUGGCAGGUAUAUUUAUCAGACGAGGAGAUAAAAUGCCUGAAGAUUCAUUUUGGAGUCGACAUAAACACUGGAGAAAUAUUUCAUUAUAUGUAAAGGCUGUAGUCGAUGAAGAAAUUAGAAGAAAGGAGAACUUUACAUCUAUAUUCGUGAUGACUGAUGAUGUUGAAGCAAUGCAAUCCAUUAUGCAAUAUUCCAGUUUACCAUCUUCACCGUCAUCAACUGAAUUAUUCGCUCAAAAGCAUUUACGUGGUCGUCAAAUAUUAUACAACGUUUAUGCACCUCAAGCAUGUUUUAAUCCCUUUACUCGCAUUGGUUAUGAUCAAUUUUUAGUUAAUAUAAAUUUUCUUGUUCGGUAUG